AUGCAGGCGCUCCUCAUUUAUCUCAUCUUCAAAGUAGAUGAAGGCCAACCGGAGUACAAUAGCCUCGAUUCCCUGCUGGUUGCAGCUGUAGUUGCACUUGCUACACAACUUGGUGCUGUUGAUGCGCCCGACAACGACUUGAAUUCGACUUGGGAGGAAUGGAUCUUUGAGGAAUCGAGACGAAGACUGUGCGUAAUGUAUCAAGUCGUGGACAUGCUGGUCUAUUUCGAGCCAGCGGGCAUGUGCAAUGUGCGGAAGCAAACGGACCUCGUCAUCGCACCGUUGCCCGCCAAGAAGCGGCUCUGGGAGGCGGCGAACAUGUUGGCAUGGCAGGCCGAGAAUGAGAAAGAGGAGGUUGAGGCCCGAGCCUCCUUUGCUCUGGCUGGGAGCGGUGACCUCGUCAGGAUCGACCAGACCGAGCUGCAGUGCAUCAGUGACGUGGCACGGCUGGGUUACACGCCCCAAGAUUCUGGUGCUCCGGAACUGAUGUGGCGCACUGCAGACUGGGAUGACUGGUGCUCCGGAAUGGAUGAGUUUGGCGGCCUGGUUAUGCUUGCUGCGUCCUUGACAGAAUAG